UGAACACCCUCAACUCCUCCGUCGUGCGUGGAACAUCUCGAGCAUCAGCAUGCGGUUGGCAAGAACCCCGCGAAGGUCUUUCACUAUGCAAGGCGGGAGGAGAGGGAGAGUCUCGAUGUCAUCAUACCAGGCCCUAUGUGCUUUGUGCAUGGGGGCGGGCCUUUUCAUAGUCUGCAUGCACUGGCGCCCCGAAGUUCAGGACUUUCCCAUGGAGAACAUCCCGGCGGGGCAGCCCCCGAAGGCCUUGAGAGGAGACGACAUUGUUGUUGCGGAGCCAUUGCAACCUCCAACUCCAGGGGAGGAAGAAGAAGCAUUAGACCGACCACUACCUCCACCACCACCGCCGGCGGGGAACGACGGACAGCAGCAGGGGGCGGGGGUGGGGGAAGGUGGCAGUGAUGAUAAUGAGGGGAAACCCCCGAAAUCCCUGACAGCUCCCUCGGAUGAUGACACCGAUGACGAUGGUGAGGUCAACAGCAGCAACGACGGCGGCGGUAAGGGCCACGGCGGCAACGGACAGGGUGACGGAGACAGAGGGGUCCCGGCAGAUGAUGUAAAGCAGGGACCGGGGGUAGGGGGGGGUGUAGUCGCAGGAGCGGUAGACGGAGAUGGUCUCCUCGCCGCAGGAGGGCUAAAUGAUGCUGACCAGGCGAGGAGAGAGGAGCGGCGGGCGCGGCUGAACGGCCUCGUGGCCGCGGCGGUGGAGAGGCAACGCGGCCAGGAGUGCAACCUGGUGUUCGUCAAGACGCACAAGACGGCGUCGACGACGAUCACGGCCGUGCUCUACCGGUACGGCCUGCGGCACGGGCGCAGGGUGGCCCGGUUCAAGGUGGAGGGCACCGCGGUAACCCUGGAACACGCCGCGGAAGAGACGAAGGAGAGCGGCAACCGUGUGGACAUUUUCCACUACCACCACGUGUGGAACGGCUACUUCGAGUCGACUUGGGCGAGGGCGAGGGAGUUGUUCAAGGACAUCAUGGCCGAGCCGGUUGCACCCGCGGCGGCAGCGGCGGCGGCGGCGGCGGCGGCGGUAGAACCCAGGGAAAGCAGCGGCGGCGGCACGAAGUUCGUGACGGUGCUGAGGGAUCCCAUAGAUCACUGGCUGUCGUAUUUUUACUUCUACUACGAGCCGGAGAUGAAGAUCGACGUGGAGGAAUAUUUCUCGUCGGGAAGGCACAAGAAGCGGCCCCUCAACAACCCCCUGGCGGCGGAGUUCGGGAUCUAUAACGAGAGAGACCUGGACGAGUUCGUCCUCAACCACCUACCGAGCUUCGCCCUGACCAUGCUCACCGAAGAGGUCGACGAGGGUCUGGUGCUGCUGGGGAGGGUCAUGGGCUGGGACCCGAUAGACAUCACCUACGCCUCCCUGCUGGAGGCACGUAAUGGUGGCGUCCGCUGGGACGACAAGCCCAUCAAGAAGGCGCCGAGGCUGAAAGACCUGCACCACAGGACAAAAACGGAGCUGGAGCGCGUGACGAAGCUGGACGCCGGCCUGUACAAGGCGGUCAAGGAGGCCUACGGCAAGGUGAAAGAGCUGCACUCGGAGGGACUCGAGGAGGCGGUGGAGGACUUCCGUGACCUGCAGCUGGACGUGCUGGCGGCACUCAACGAGGGGAUGGGGAGAGGGGGCCAGGUGUCGCCGGCACGGGCGUGGUACAUGCCGGAGUCGGACUACUACUUCUACAGCGCCGACAAGAGCAGAUGGUGGGAGGAGUACUAUCCCCCCGCCUUGCCAUUCUAGGGGGGGGGGGGGUUCCCAUAGUCGUGCAUGCCGUUGUCAUUAGACCAUUGCCAUUCUAGGGAGGGGGGGGGGGGGGGGGGGGNGGGGGGGGGGGGGGGGGGGGGGGGGGGGGGGGGGGGGGGGGGGGGGGUAUGAUGCCGGCGUUGGGCGUGGUGGGUGCAAGGACUACUGCUGUCGCCAGUGAGCCGUUUCGACGGCAGGAGGAAACGCGAAAAGCGAUGAUGAGAGAACUCUAAUGCUGUCCCGCCUGCCUUGAGGUCGUGGCGAGAAAGCGGCGGCAUGACGGAGCGGGGCGGCGCACGAGGGCCCUCGGGUAGUGGUUUUACGGAUUCGAUGGUGACGCCGGGGAUAUCUAUCGCUGCUGCCCAUGGGUUUCUCUGGACGGAUCGGCAAAGACACGACAGGAGAUGCUAUACUACUGCAGAUGACGCGAAGGCUGUCGUUGCCGUGGUUGCUCUUGGCGUGUAGCUGGCG